GGAGUCUGGCAGUGGGAGCCAGCAAAGAGCUGGCUUGUACACAGGGAAGACUGAAGAGCAGAAUUGGGGUGAGAUCUGCUGAGCAUUUGGGAAGCUGGAAAACAAGAUUUGCUGGGCAAACUGACUGGGAAUUAUAUGAGAGUGGCUUUUGGAGGUUGCUCUUAGGUGAUUUUUGUCGCUGGAGACUUUGCAUCACACAGAACUCUGUACUGGGGUGUCCUGUCAGAAGGAGCCUUUAGAAUUCACCUUCAGGCAGACAUGAUAACAAUGACUACCCUGAAGUGACAGCAUUUAAGAAAGGCAGAUUUCGACUUCAGACAUCACACCAUCCUCCUUCCUGUGAGAAUAAUAUGAACCAGAAGGUGUUAGUUUUCCUCCUCCCAAACUUCUUUUUUGGAAUGUUUCUUUUGGGUUUUUUCUGUAAGAGGCAAAAAAACCUAACAGGUGCUUUCCCUGAUCCCACUGAAGACUGGUUGUCAAUUCAAAAUGAUCGCAAAAGCACACUGGCUUCUGUUUGCCUGAAGAACAACCUUCUUAAAUUAAGAAGCAAACUGGAUUCUCGUGUGGUUAACCAGCUCUUUGUGGAGCUCAAACAUAAAUUUAUCUACUGUGAGGUACCCAAAGUAGGCUGCUCCAAUUGGAAGAGGAUUAUUUUUAUCCUCCAAUCAGACUUCAGUGCAGAAGCAUCUGAAAUUGAGCACGACCACAUCCACCAAACCCCACUGAUCAAAAAGGUGGAGUCUUACCCCCCUGCCACACAAAAGGGAUUUCUGAACAAUUACACCAAAGUGAUGUUCACCAGACAUCCCUUUGAACGGCUGGUUUCAGCUUACAGAGACAAGCUCCUGCACUCUGAGCCUUAUUACAGUGUUACUGUUGCUAAUGAGAUUAAGGCAAUGUUCAGGAAAAACAAGACUUCUUCUGAAAAAGUGAGUUUCCAGGAAUUUGUCAGCUUCAUUCUAGCAAAACCACCAAAUAAUCUUGACAUUCACUGGAAACCAAUGUUUCUGCUCUGUGAUCCAUGCAACAUUCACUACGACGUUCUGGGUAAGUAUGAAACUCUUGGGUUAGAUUCCGAGCAUGUUCUGAGGGUCAUUGGAGCACCAGAGAGCCUGCACUACCCCAGCUUGAAGAGGUAUGGGUCAGAGAAGCGGACUAAUGCUGAUAUCACCUUGGAGUACCUCAGACAAUUGAACUCAGAACAAAUUGAGAAGAUAAAAAAAUUGUAUCAGAUGGAUUUUUUCUUGUUCAACUAUACUAUGAAUUAUGAAGAUUACUUUUCUCUGAACGGCUAACAUAGGUUAAACGAAGAACAGCUUCCUUUGUACCAAAUAGGCUGAACUUGUCCUUACAGGUGCUUAAUAAGGGAGCUGGUGACUGAUUGCUGCUGAGGUCUUACUGAUGUUUGGAGACAUGAUUUAUCAUCCUAAGCACUCCUAAGAUCCCUGCCAUGGUCUGUUAUGCUGUACAGUACUUUACCUAUGCGAAAUUACUUUCAGUUGAUCAUUAAUGGCAUGCAUUUGUUUUAUGAAGGCUCUUUGUAAGUGAUAAAUAUUUGUCUGUUCAUAAGACGUAGGGAAAGGAUGAAGAAUGUUGUUUUUCACAAUUAAUAUUUUUAGAACACUAUUUUUAAAGUAUAAAUAAUUUAAUUAUUAGAAAAACACAUAGAAAUAAAGAAAUAAUCUGCUUUAGAGUGAAGCUACCCUUUGUCUGCAAGAGCCUCAAUCAUGAACCUUGUAGGAAAGGAAGAAAUAACCUCAGAUGCUUAAAGCUUCAUUACACAGAAAUUAGUGCAUGAUCAUGUUCCACUCUAGCACUCCUGUCAUUGCAGCCCACUGGCCUCAUGUCUCAAUCACUACAGCUGGAAGCAAUUCAGCCAGGAACCCCCUUUUAUUUCCUUAGAAUCUUCACAUGAGCUGGUCUGGUGUUCAUGGUGACUUUCCAUGCUUCUAUCACCACCUUUGUGAGCAUUAUGGUCUGAUUUAAGAGGGAAAAUCUGAAAAAUGUAUCUCUUUUUCAGGGGAGUAGUUAGAAUUACCUUCUAAAUUGUACAUCUGAGAUGGUGGAGGAUCUAAAAAUCUCAGUGGAAAUGUGACUUCUGUCUGUUCUCCACAAGCACUUUCCACUCAGUCAACUGACUGGCCAGUUAGCACUAAAGGGACAAUGUUUGGGCUUUCCCCAUUUAUGCCUGCUGGAGUGCAUGAGCCCUUGGGUCUGACCUAAGGAUGGCACUUAAGUGGAGCUGGGUAACCUCAGAUAAUGUUUGUUCUACCUGUUGCUUUCUUGCCACACAGAACAUUAAGUGCAUGUAGGAGGAACGACUAAAACCAUUACCUGCUUCUUAUACAUGGCUUUGGUUUUUGGUCACUGAGGGGGUCUAUAACUGCUACUAAUUAAGUACAAGACGUGCCCUGAUUUGUUGGUUUUGUUUUGUUUGUUUGUUUGUUUCUUCAAAUCUGUUGUUUAGUCACAUUGGAAAUGGAUUUGUGACCAUGUAAAUUGUAGCAAAUUUUAGAAACCAGUGGUGAGUAUUAGCAUUACCUUUAGAGGAUGUCAGUCUCUCAGGAGCUGACUUGAAAAGCUCUCAAAUGCACUUAGUAUCUUCAAAUGUACAAAGGUUGGCAGGCUAACCAGGGAUAUAAAGUUGACUCACAGCUUAUCCUAGAAUCUUUAAAAUGUGAAAAAAAACUCUAUGAUUAUCAAGUCCAACAGUCAACCCAACACCACCAUGCCCAUUAAAAUGCGUCCCAGAGUUACACAUCUACACAACUUUCUAACACCUCUAGGGAGCAUGACUCCACCACUCCCCUAGGCAGCCUGUUCCAGUGCUUAACUACUCUUUUGCUAAAGAAAAAAUUCCUAAUCUAUAAUUAAACCUUCCCUGCUACAGCCAGAGUCCAUUUUCUCUCUUGCCAUCAUUAAUCGCUUGAGAUCAAGCUCCUCCUCACUAUAACCUCUUUGCAGGUAGUUGCAGAACGGACUGCCCAGGGAAGCGGUGGAGUCACCAUUUCUGGAGGUGUUCAAGAAAUGUGUAGCCAUGGCACUUUAGGAUGGUGCUGGGUUGAUGGUUGGACUUGAUGAUCUUAGAGGUCCUUUUGAAUCCUGAUGAUUCUAUGACAAUUACUUAAUCAUAAUGCAGCCACCAAUCUUGAGAGUCAUUGCUGGCAGCAGCAGGGCUAAGUGAGAUUGGGAAAAAAGAUUGCAAUGAGAUCUAAGACAUGAGGGUUGUGAAGAGAGCUCUCAGUGCAGAGAAUGGGAUGCAGGGGAGAUCUACCCCAGAGGCAAGAUGCAGUGAUAUAUUGGACAUCAGCUGCAGAAACCAAUGAGGCCAUGGUGACAGGAGGAGGCAGAGGAAGGACAUUUCUGCAGAUGGUACAGAGCCAGGACUAAUGUUCAGUACAUCUGACAGCUCUUGUGUGGCUUACUUUUCCAUAAAUGAGGCAUCUUUGGCACAGAGAGAGAUCCAAAGUGAGAUCAAACAAGAGCAACAACAACAACAAAAAUGUUAUUAAGUUUUGUUAAAAAUACUUUGUGCUUUUAUGUGGAGUGAUUCGUGGUUCUGAAUCUUACCUUCGCCACCUCCACAUUCAGUAUUCUCCCAGUCCUCCUAUCUCUGAUGCUGGACUGCUCCUGCCACCCUGUUCAUGUGGAUGAUUUUUUACUUUUUGGUUGUGGUGAGGCAAAGGAAAAUGGAAAUUACAUCCCACAAAGUUAAGGCUAUAGAGAGGAAUGCUGUCUCUCUCUUGAAUCAGACACAUCUCCAGCUAUGUGCUUCUCCUACUGUGAGCAGAGGAAGAGGGGACUAAGAUUAGCCUCAUAACUUGUUUGUACAUAAUUGAUCCCUCCAGAGCUAUAAGCUCCAGCAAAGAUACUUUUCAUUUUCUGGCACCAUCAACCAGCCUGGGAAAACCCUAAAGAAAUUAUUGUGACAAAGUUUGAUAGAUGUCUUUUCUAUCAGCACUCCAGUGUUAACACUCCACUCCAAUUUCUUGGUGGUAGUUGUGAGCAGCUUUCUAUUCUUAUUUCUUCUUUCACACAGGAUCACAUAUUCCUCCUACAGCAGUGGCAGAAAAUGGAUAGCUAGUUCAUUCAUCACGGGGACUACUCAGUUACAGAAGGCUUAGCUACUGAGGCAGAAAAAUCUCUGGAACUAAUCAUGAUACACUUUCAGAUUUGAGAUUUGCCUACAGGAAACUGUAAGUAGUACAUUGCCCAGCACCACUGGCUCCUGUAUUGCUGUUAAGCUGGUCUGGGUCUCCACAGAAAAACCCAGCUGCAGAGGACACGAGUGUGCAUAUGUGCAUGUAUAACAGCAGCUUUUGGAAGCAGCUUUGUACAAGACCAGUGUAAGUUGUGUGUUACCAGCACUAAUGAAAUCUAAAUAACGAGUUAGCAUCUGUUGGUAAAUAGCGGUGGGGAAAGGACAUUACCCUAUAAAGGAUUCUCUUGCAGGCAUCUUUUAAUACUCAACCCAAUUUCCACAUUUCCAUUUCUGUGAGUUUGAGAACACAUCCUAGCAAGAGCUGCUGUGCAGGAGUACAGAAAAGCUCCACAAUGUGUUUCAGAGUUAAUGGAAACAAUAGUUAUUUGCUGUGUUGUAACAAGCUCUCACAGCUGGCAAGGGUGGCCAUGGAAGUUUGGGCCGAGCUCAGAAAAUGAGUCUGCAGCAGAAAACUGCCAGGUCUUCAGGACUUGGAUUGACUUGGCUUUGCUUUAUCUUGGCUGUAUUGCUUCUCUACAUGUGUACAAAGGCUCUAAGCUGAGCUGCCCUUCCUCCUGCCUUUGCACAAAGAAGAGUCCCCAUGGAGUUUCUUUCUUUUGGGUGCUAGCUCUGAAUAAUCUUUUCCUGGGAGAAGAGUAAGUGGGGUGGCUCAAGACUUGGGCCCUGAGGCAGAGUCCCAUUAUUAAUCUUUAUUGCUAUAUGUCUGUGAUAUGACAUUUGCUGUUUUUAAUUCUUAAUAAUAGUAAUAAAUUGUAGUGAUUCAACA